GUGACGCGGUGUUUGUCCCUCGUGCGUUUCCGUCUGACGUUUACAGGAGACUGACGUGUCUUUUCUCUCAGAAAUUUCAGCGUGAGAUUAUUUAGAACUGAUUUGAAAAUCAAUAAUUAAUUAAACGCUUUAGUGCGACGAGAACACUAGUUCUGUAAUUAAGUGAAGUCAUGGCGGCAGACUGGGAGGAAAUCAGGCGUCUAGCUGCGGACUUUCAGAGAGCUCAGUUUGCAGAUACUGUCCAAAGGUUGUCUGAGAGGAAUUGCAUCGAGAUCGUGGCCAAGCUGGUGGAGGAUAAGAAGUUAGAUGUGGUUCACACUCUGGAUGGGAAAGAGUACGUGACUCCUGCACAGAUCGGCCGAGAAGUGCGCGAUGAGCUGUAUAUGCACAGAGGGAGGAUUAAUGUUGUGGAUCUUCAAAAGAUCAUCAGUGUCGAUUUGGUGCAUGUGGAGAGCAGAGCAAGUGAAAUCGCCAAAUCAGACAAAGGCACACAGCUCAUUCUGGGUCAACUGAUUGACGAAACAUACUUAGAUCGGCUUGCUGAGGAGGUGAAUGAUAAACUCCAGGAGGCUGGGCAGGUGAACAUCGCAGAGCUUUGCAAAACGUAUGAUCUACCAGGAGAUUUUCUUACUGAGGAGCUGAACUCGAGGCUGGGCAGAGCGAUCCACGGUCAGAUUGAUCAGUACAACAGGGGAGUGAUCUUCACACAAGCGUUCCUCUCCAGACACAAAGCUUGCAUAUGCGGUCUGUUCAGUGCCAUCACAAGGCCUACACAGAUCAACAACUUGCUAAAUCUCUAUGGUUUUCAGGAGAAUCUGAUGUACUCGGUGCUUGAAGAACUGGUUAACAGUGGCCGCUUGAAGGGCUCCGUGGUUGGAGGCAGGCAGGAUAAAGCCAUCUACAUUCCUGACAUCUACUCCAAAGCCCAGAGCUCUUGGGUUGAGUCCUUUCUCAAACAGAAUGGAUAUUUAGAGUUUGAGGCGCUGACCCGUUUGGGGAUACCUGAUCCAGUCAGCUACAUAAAGAAGCGGUUUAAGUCUAGCAAACUGCUUUUUCUCAAAUCUGCAUGUGUUGGCAGAGCCAUCAUAGAUCAGUUGGAGGCCUCAGUGGAGGAGACUAUCAACUCUGCAACUUGGGUCGACCUACAGCCAAUGAUCCCAAGCAGUCUGUCGGAGGAGGAUGUAGGAAUUCUGUUGAAUGAAGUGUUGAGGGGCAUGCAUGUGCAGUCCAGUGCAAGGCUUCUCUCCACUUGUGUGGUCAGCGAGAAGUUCAUCACGGGAUGCAUCGCUUUGUUUGAUGAUAUUAUGCAACAGAAAGCAAAGAAGGAAGUGAAGAAUAACCCAGUGUUUCUGAUAACGGAGGAUGAUGUCAAACAAGCGUCUGUUUUGUUGGAGUCUUCAGCCUCUUCAAAGAAAGACAAACGAGACGAACGCCGGAAGAAGGCCUCAGAGGGCAGCGGAAGCGUGAAAGGAAGUGGAGGCGGAAAUGCUCGAGAGAUCCGAAUUCGCAAAACAAAAAAGAAGGGCAGGAGGGAGGAAGACAGUGAUGAGGAGACGACACACACCUCUCAAGGCCGAAAUAAGCAAGGAGACAUGCCCUUCCUCUCAGUGGAGGAGAUCAUGGGGGUGCUGGGGGAGAAAGUGUGUGACAGCUCUGAGGAGAUGCUGCAGGAACUAGCAGAGCAGAUACAAAGGUUCAAACUUUUUUUUUUUUUUUUUCCAAACAUGAAGGAUCUUCAGGAGGAGAUCACCAACUUGUACAACAACAUCCGCCUCUUUGAGAAAGGAACCAAACUCUUCUCAGAUGAGACGCAGGCUACCAUUGCCAAGCAUGUUUUGAAGACCGUAUGCACGGAUGCGACCAAUGUGCUGCUGAGCUUUGUGGCAGCUGAGCAUAUGACCUCGGACAGCUCGACUGCCAUCACCAGUGAGAUCAGGCUGAAGAUUCUGGCGAAGCUCUCAGAUGAAGUUAAAUCUCCUCUGAUGAAGCUACACAACAGUCUCAGUGGAAAGGCCAUUGAAGACUUUUUGUCAUGUUUGGAGAUGAGUGCAGAAGAGUGUGGGCUUCUUCUGAAGAAAGGCGACAAGAAAAGAGAAAGGCAGGCUCUCUUUGUGCACCGCCAGGCUCUGUCGGAGCAGUUGAAGGAUACAGAAGACCCUGCGCUUGUGCUGCAUCUGACCAGUGUCUUGCUCUUCCAGAACGUCACACACUGUAUGCUGCAUGCACCUGGACGCUGUGUGCCGCAUAUCAUCGGCUUCCUGCAAAGGUCACAUAUGCUUGAGCAGCACAAGCUGUUGUCUCAGUACCAGAGUCUGGUGGUCAAGCAGCUGGUAGUGCAGGGUCAUGCCCUGGAGAAGAAGAGCAAUCUGGGAGAGGGAGCCCAAGAUGGUCCUGUUGUUUCUGAUGAUAUGGAGGGCCUUCAGAAAGAGCUUCACACUCUCACCAGAGACAUUAAAGACAUCAUCCUUUCUCAGAGAAAACCAUCUGUCACAGAAUAACACACAGUUGUUCGCAACAACGCCGUUAAUGUAUUCUGCUACAUCAUGUAUUAGAGCUCGAAUUUUAAAUCUGUGAAAUAAACAGACUGAAUUCAA